AUGCUCGCUCCUUAUCCUUUAAUUGAGCCAUUGCCUUUUCAUAUUGGGUUUGCUGAUGUGGCAAAAUUACGCCACUUCAAAAUUGAUCAUCAUCUAGUGACUGCACUUGUUGAGCGAUGGAGACCAGAGACACACACUUUUCAUCUUUCUGUUGGAGAAUGUACAAUUAUACUGGAGGAUGCAACACUACAACUUGGCAUAAGGGUCGAUGGUAGGCCAAUCACUGGUGCAACCUACUAUGAUUGGGAGGAAAUGUGUGAACAAUAUUUGGGUGUUGUUUUGCCAAAGGGAGAAGUAGUAGUAGGCUCUACCAUUAAGCUUAAGUGGUUGCAAGAUAAUAUGCCACCGCUUCCCUUGGAACCGACACAACAACAGUUAGAAGCACAUUGUAGAGCUUACAUUUUAUGGCUAAUUGGUGGGGUAUUAAUGCUAGACAAGAUGGGAAAUCAGGUUCAUUUGAUGUACCUCAUUGUCUUGGAUAAUCUUGACCGAGUCAGGCGGUAUAGUUAG